ACUAUCUGAGCAGACAGGCUGGGAGAGAGGACUGGAUCAUAUCACCAUGAGAGUAAUCAGCAGUCUAAUGAAGCUUGGCAGGUUCAGCCUCUCUGCUAACUUUCGAGUAAAGAUUUUUCUCAUGGGAAUUUGGGAUUACCUAGAGCAGUCUUGGGAAGAAAAGGAUAUGGAACUGACUCAGACUCACCCAGACCAAUCAGCCGCUACCCUGUGCCUUACAAAAAAGACUUGCCAUAUGAUAUAGUAGAACUAAUGGAAGAAGUUGAGAAAAAGGGUGGAUUUCUACCAAAUGUUUUCAAAGUACUGGCUCAUCGACCAAGUGAAUUCAGAGCAUUUUUUGCCUAUUAUGAUGUCAUUAUGAACAAGGAAACUGGAAACCUAACCAAAGCGGACAGAGAGCUCAUAGUUGUGGCUACAAGUGCAAGUAAUAAGUGUCCUUAUUGUGUAACUGCUCACAGCGCAUUGCACAGAAUAUACUCAAAGAAUAGAACACUGGCUGACCAGGUGGUUGUUAACCCUGAGCUAGCAGAUCUAAGUAAGAGAGAGCAUGCCAUGAUAGAGUUUGCCUUGGACAUUGCAAACGCAAAAAGCAUACCUGAAACGCAUUUCCAGAAGCUAGAGGAACAUGGAUUUGACCGAGAAGACGCCUGGGAUAUUGCAAUGGUUACAGCCUUUUUUGCUCUGGCGAAUCGUAUUGCUCACUUAACUGACUUACGACCCAAUGAGGAGUUUUAUGCCUUAGGCAGAGUUCCAAAAGUUGAGCCUGAAGAAAAAUAG